AUGUCUAAUGUCCUAGAAGGAUCAGCCGCUAAAACUCUGGAACAGGAGCUGUCUAAUGUCCUAGUAGGAGAUCAGCCACCAGAACCUGGGAACUGGGAUGUCGAAUGUCCUAGUAGGAGGAUCAGCCACCAGAACCUGGGAACUGGGAUGUCUGAUGUUCUCAAGGAUCAUCCACCAGAACCGGAACUGGAGAUGUCUAAUGUUCUAGCAGGAGGAUCAGCCACCAAACCCUGGAACUGGAGAUGUCUCAUGCUGGCUCACCUGUCCUCUCCGACCAGUCCUGCAAGUCUGGCCUGGGCUCAGCACAGUCGUCACCAGCCGGCCAGUCUGGCACUCCGAAAACAGGAAGAGGAGGAAAGCAAACGCAGCAAGGCACUAUCAGACAGCUAUGAACUCUCAACAGACCUCCAGGACAAGAAGGUGGAGAUGCUGGAGAGGAAGUAUGGGGGCCAGUUUGUUUCCCGGCGAGCAGCGAGGACAAUCCAGACGGCGUUCAGACAAUACCGCAUGAACAAGAACUUUGAGAAGCUUCGCAGCUCCGCUUCUGAGAGCAGGAUGACCCGCCGCAUCAUCCUGUCCAACAUGAGGAUGCAGUACUCCUUUGAUGAGCAUCAACCUCAGACUGAGGGGUCAGCCAGUCAACAGGAGACAGAGAGUCUGCAAAAUAUGGUCUCCUUCUCUAAGCAGAUGAACUGUUUGGUUGCAUCCACGGAUGACUCCCUCUCCUGCCUGCCAGAGUGUGAAGAUUCCCAGGAUGCAUGUAGGGAAGGAGAAGAGGAGGAUGAUGAGGAUGAAGGAGAGGAGGAGGAGGAGGAAGAGGAGGAUGAAGAUGAUGGAGAAAAUUACAGACGGUGCUCAUGGCAGAACACUAACAUGUCCUCCCACUGUGUGACAAGACCAGAAGGGGAAGGUGGGGGCAGAAAGAGUGGCACAGGAAGUGCAGCCAUGCAUGAAGACAGCAGCGCCACAUCCUUCAGUGAUGUCACUCUUUACAUGAAAGAGGGCCGCCUCCCUUCAUCACCACUUUCCCAUCCUGCCUCCUGCUCAGACCUGGAGUACUGGGGACGAAUGCAAGGGGUGCUUGUGGGCGAGAGGACCAACAGUCAAGAGGAAGAAGAAGGAGUGAUGACCACCAAGCAGAGGAGCAGUACACCCUGUACUGAGUGUCAGGGGGAGUACAGAGGCAAGGUGGGGGGAGGAGCAGGAGGGGGAGGAGGAGGAGGAGGUCACCUCCCCAUGCUGACUGUGGAACCACCCAGUGACAGCUCUGUCGACAUGAGUGACAGGUCUGAUCGUGGGUCUGUUGGGCGUUUGAUAUAUGAACAUGAGUCCUCGGAGGGUGAGAGAGGAAGAGGAGGAGAGAGUGAAGAGGAUGAAAGAGAAGGAGAUUUAAGCAGUGAAGCCGACUCGCCACAAGGAACCAUCAAACACAAGCCCAAACCCAACAGCUGCUCAUUGGCUAUGGCACAGGGCCAGACGCCCAGCAAUGCUCCUGUGCCCGUGCCAACACCCUCAGCCCGAACCUUGCCGCCUCUCUCAGUCCCCCACACUCAGCAUUCCACCAUUCCCCACCUCCCCACCGUCCUCCAUCACCAUCUGCCGUAUGGCCAGGCACACGCCACACACCUGCACCACAGCCACACGCCAAGCUUCUACAUCCAGCACACUCCCCACUUCACUCAGUACCAGUACCACCACCACCAUCUCCCGCAUACCCACCUAGAACCACCUCCUUCCCCAGUUCCGUCUCCAGUAUCACCUCUCUCGCCCCUGCCGCCUCCACUCCUGCCCUCUGCACUGUCCUCCUCCACACUGCCAGACAUGGACCACACCCACUACUCCCACCUCCAUCACCACCUGUUCUGCUCCGAUGGGGACAAUGAGAGUGUUAAUUCAACAACCACAAACUCAAACGAUGACACAACCAUCAACAACUGCAGCUCUGGUUCGUCAUCACGUGACAGCCUGCGUGAGCCUGUGGGCGGGGCCAUGCAGGGAAAGCAGACAUAUCAGAGAGAGAAUUGUCACACCUGGGACUCACCUGCCUUCAACAAUGACGUUGUACAGCGGAGACAGUACCGCAUUGGACUCAACUUCUUCAAUAAGAAGCCGGAGAAGGGGAUCCAGUACCUGAUUGAGCAGAAUUUUGUUUCUGACACACCUGUGGGAAUCGCCAGAUUCAUCCUUGAGAGGAAAGGACUGAGCAGGCAGAUGAUCGGAGAGUUCCUCGGCAGUCGACAACAGUUCAACAAGGAUGUCCUGGAUUGUGUUCUGGAUGAGAUGGAUUUCUCUGGAAUGGAUCUAGAUGAUGCUCUCAGAAAAUUCCAAGCUCAGAUUAAAGUUCAGGGUGAAGCUCAACGGGUGGAGCGGCUGGUCGAGGCCUUCAGUCAGCGGUACUGUGUAUGUAAUCCAGUGCUGAUCCGACAGUUCCAGAAUCCGGACACCAUCUUCAUUCUGGCCUUUGCCAUAAUUCUUCUCAACACAGACAUGUACAGUCCCAGCGUGAAACCAGAGAGGAAGAUGAAGCUAGAGGACUUCAUCAAGAACCUUCGUGGGGUAGAUAAUGGCCAAGACAUCCCCAGAGACCUCUUGGUGGCCAUCUAUGGAAGGAUCCAGAAAUGGGAGCUGAGGACCAAUGAUGACCAUGUGUCCCAAGUCCAGGCUGUGGAAAGGAUGAUAGUUGGCAAGAAGCCUGUUUUGUCUCUGCCUCAUCGUCGGUUGGUUUGCUGCUGUCAGUUGUUUGAGGUUCCUGAUCCAAACCGAUCUCAGCGAAGCAGUGUUCACCAGCGAGAAGUCUUCCUGUUCAAUGACCUGCUGAUGAUAACCAAGAUCUUCCAGAAGAAGAAGACUUCAGUGACGUAUAGUUUCAGACAAUCAUUUCCUCUGGUGGACAUGCAGGUGCACAACUUCCAAAAUGCCUACUAUCCUCAUGGUAUCAGAAUAACAUCAACAAAUCCUGGAGGCGAGAGGAAGGUACUCAUUGUCUUCACGGCACCGAGCCAGCAGGACAGAGCCCGCUUCACUUCAGACCUCCGAGAAAGCAUUGCAGAGGUCCAGGACAUGGAGAAAUACCGGGUUGAAGCUGAACUGGAAAAACAGAAAGGGAUUAUCCGUCCUGGCUUGGUGACAGGAGGAGGAAGUGGAGCCAUUGGGGCCAACAGUACCACUGGGCCUGUGGAGAGCGAGGUAGUGAAUGGAUCUUUGGGUCGACCGAGCCUUGACGACACAUAUGCCUCAAUGGAUGGACUUAAACGCACAGCACUGAGCUCAUCACUGCGAGACCUUUCAGAAACAGGGAAACGAGGACGCAGGAACAGUGUGGGCUCAUUGGACAGUACCAUUGAAGGCUCCAUCAUCAGCAACCCCGGGCCUCACCAUCAGCACCCACUUCUGGCCAGAAGUCUCCCCUACAGCACCAUGAUGGGAUCUCCAGCAGGCUACUGGCCGCACCACCAGACUCAGAGUCCAGGAACAGGGAUGGGGGGUGGGCCAGGGCUUUGUCACAGUCAAGGUGGGGUCACCACUUCCACACUUGCGAGCAGGGAUGGGACUGGGCGAGGUGGAGAGAUGGCAGAUGGGUCAGCGCUAACUGGAGGUGGCAAGCUAGGAAAUUUUUUUGGGAGUCGCAGAAGCAAGGUUCCUGGUCCUCUAAUGAUGACAUCACCUUCUCCACAGGGUCCACCAAGCCCCUUGUUGAUCUCUUCACCCCCAAACUACCCUGCACCUGCACCACCUGUCUCCCACCCAUCCCCAUGCCCCUCUCCUUUGGCCAACCUCAGCCAGUUAGACUUGGGCAGAGUUGGAGGUGGGGGCAGCUCAGGAGAGGUGCAUGCUCAGUUUUGUCACAGUGGGGGACUCGGAGUGACUGCUACUGGGCAGCAGCAGACACCUCCCCCACCAUACCACCACCAUCACCGCUACCACAUGCAGAACAUCCCCCAGCACCACAUGCUCUCACACAGGGUCUCCCUUCCACACCAGCCAAGCCCGUCCAGUUGCAUGCCCUUCCUGAUCCAGCAGCAUCAGAGGGUGCAGCAUGCACCCAGCCAGCAGCCACGCUACAGCAUGGCCGCCAGCUUCACCACGCCCCCGCCGCUGUCCCCACACUCACCCAUCUCCCCCACCACUCCAAACAGACCCUGUCAUUCACAUCCAACAGUGGGAAGAGCAGGUGGCGGUGCCAAGCUCCCACUGACCAUCUCACACUCACAGCCCCAGCCUCACUCUCACACACAUUCUCAAAAGCAUGUCACACACACACACUCACCUCUCAGCCCCUCACCCUCUGCCUCACCCGCCACCCACUUCAUCUUCUCUGCACAGCCGCCUCAAACACCAUCAGCCCGCCUCCUCACCCAGACUCCAUACACACCCCAAUACCCGCCCUUUUCCUCAAUCCCACCUCCACCUCCACACUCCCCCCUGCCCCCUCCUUUGUCCACCCCUCUCUCACCACUGCCUGGACCAUCGGGAGGAGUUUCAGGGCAAGCGGUUGGCCCAAAGUCAAAGCCCGUCAGUCGCAUCAGCACAGUGGUGUGAGAAGGCAAAAACUGAGGACAGGAGUCCAACGCCCUGCAAGCAUCUAUCAGGGGGCGCUAAUGAAAGGGAGUGAGAGUGAGGAAACGCAGCCAUAUCAAAAUGGUCACUUGGUGAGAAGGAAAGUACAUCGAAUGGGAAGAAGGAAGUUACUUUGUGUUACUUCCACAUCCAGUUUUCUGGCAGGUAGAAAAGUCUGGAUCAUCAGAGUCUGACUAAACAAGACUUUCUGCCCUCCUCAGGUGACCUUUGGACUCUCGGACAGUCGUAUUGUAUCUAAAAGUUAGCAUAGCAGUUCAGUGCCUGAAUGCUAACACUCAGUGCUAACUGUAAGUAUGAGCUCGCUUAAAAGGAUGGUCCAGUUUUUACAAAGUCUCACAAAGUCCAUCACUUUUGCCCAAAUAACUCGAACCUUGCACAAACAUUCUUUUUGGCACAAGAGGCACUUUUGUUGGUAUUUAGACCAGAUGUUACCACAAAGUAUAAAUAAUAAGUCUAAUUCAC